AUGACCUCACGUGCUCCAUAUUCGACAAUUCCUCUGUCGGUCAAUCAAGAUUCUUAUGCAACACGUUCCAGCUAUGGACUUCGACAAAGAACACUUUCGGAGCGUCCCUAUAUGCCCAUUUUGGGUCGGUUCCUUAUUGUUGCUACGUAUUUUGAAGACGCAAUCCGAAUCGUAACACAAUGGCCUGAACAGGUUUCUUAUAUGCGGGAUUAUCGUCGCUUUCGAUUCGGUACUGCUCCCUUGCUGCUUUUUGUAUGUGUGGUCCUCAUGUUCAUUGGAUCAACAAUGGUGGUGUUUAGAAAGCGCCAAGCCUAUGCCAUUGGUUCUCUUUUGUUUGUAACUGUUCUACAAGCUUUUGCCUAUGGACUACUUACCAGCGGCGAGAUGUUCUUCCGAAACGUUAGUGUCAUUGGUGGACUUUGCCUUGUGGCUAGCGAUACUUUUAUUCAUCGUCGUCUCAACCGAUUUGCUGGCUUACCCGCCGUUUCUGAGCACAAUAAACGUACUUAUUUCCAGCUUGCCGGUCGUGUCUUGCUUAUUUUCAUGUUUAUUGGCCUUUUAGCCAAGGAAGGAAGCGGCAUCACAUACACUCGUAUCUUUGUUCAUCUUCUGUCCGGAAUCGCUUGUACAAUGGUUGUCAUCGGCUUCAAAGCUAAGUAUUUCGCCGCUAUACUGGUUUUAAUCCUUUCAGUCUCCAACUUUAUUAUCAAUAGUUUCUGGUCCAUUGCUAGAAAUAGUCCCCAUCGUGAUUUUUACCGCUAUGACUUCUUCCAGACGCUUUCUAUCAUUGGUGGCCUGUUAUAUCUCGUUAAUACUGGUCCUGGUAAAUUUUCUGUUGAUGAAAAGAAAAAGAUAUAUUAG